AUGAUCAAUUCUGAGUGGUAUCAAAAUUAAGCGGAUAAUGGGAGAUAAAAGAUUGAAAUCAUUUACAGAUACUACUUAGCUGAGCUAUAUAGAUUCUUUAAUGAGAAGCACUUAGCUUUCCCACUUUUCAACGAUCAACUUCUUAGUUUUGCAAAGAAAGAAGAUACAAACGAUAAUAUAAAGUUUAGAAUAGCAUACUUAAUGAUUUUGAAAGAUCAAAAUAUGGAUGAAGCUACUACUAAUGAAACAUUAAAGUUUCUAGCAGACUAUUUGAUAAUAAAGUAAACAGCAUGGAAAUAUCUUGUACAAGCAUUUGUUAGAAUAAAAUGCGCCAGAUCAUCUGAAAAACUAUUGGCUUACUGA